AUGGCAAAAGGUAAGGCAAACGGCCAAUUGGGCACUGGUCGCAGUGAAUCUGAGGCAAUGGGUUUGCGAGAAAAUGAAAUUGUCAUGCCUGAAAUUGGCAGCUCUGUCAUACAAGACGACAAAGAUCCUUCAGCGCCCAGUAAUCCAGACGAUAUCUGGCUGGUGACGUCAUGGACAGGCCAACGUUUCUGGCUCAUUCCGACUUCCUCUCACGACGCCAGCCUCGUCUCGACACGUUUGCAGGGCGACAACAGCCCAAACAUGUUACCGGAGCCGGGUCUCGUCAACUCCAGUCUGCCAUUGAAGAGCAUGAACUUUUGCUCAACCAAUUGGCGCAUGUCCGAUCUGGCGCAGGUUGAAUAUCUCGUAGCCAAAGAUCCCAAUUCCGGCCAAACGGUGAUCUCUGCCCCCGACGGCAGUCUAGUACGCAUCGAGGAGGAACCGACCAGGCCGAGCAAGUCAUGCCAAGCCAGACAGAUCUCAGAUGUCAGGCAUUUCGAUGGAACGAGGCAAACUCGCUUUUUGCCGUUUACUCCACAGGUUGUCAACUCAUUUAAACCACUUUGUUUAAAUCAUAUGAACCUAUGCGUUGUAGCAAUUGCAAAUUGGAAACCGGCUCUUUCAAGUAGGGCAGUAUGUCAGAAUAGAUCAUGGCAGCAUUUCAGACUUCUGCCUGUUUAUAGGCCAUCAGGUUGA